UGCCUUUUCUAUGCGUUUCUUUUGUUUCGGACUUGAUCAAACGGUCGCAUUACUGCAUUGCUUCUUUGGCUCCACUUGAGUUAGGCGUCAUGGGCAGCGGCAUCCAGGUGGCGGUGGCCACGGUUGGGCUGAUCUCGGUGCUGAUCUUCAUGUGGCUGGCGGUACCUACCGAGCAGACGCUGGAUCUGAAGUUCCCCAAUGUGGUGAUCCUGCGGGGCCUCGGCAGUCUUGACCUUGAGCCGAUCUCCUUCGACAACAACUCCUUGCCGCUGAUCCCAUCUGCAGAGGCUGCCCAGUUCAACGGAUUCUACCAGUUUGAGCCCUUGUUCUACCACAAGAGCUUCGACCGCUUCGUGCCCUGGGAGCAGAGGGAUAAGGCCAUGGUUUUCAGCUGCACCAUGUUCUGCAGUGCCUACAACACCACAGCCAACGAGGUGAAGCUAGCUCUCAUCCAUGCCUCCCUGGAUGGCAAGAGAUAUAGCUGGUACCUCACGGAGUUCCGGGACGAGGAUGCGAACUCGCCAGUGAUCUAUGCCCGGACAAAGCUGCGGAAGUCCCCGACCUACCGCGCGCCUUGGGUCACGGUGACCCCCGGGGGCGAGAUCAAGCCCAAGGACCUUGAGGAGGUGCACAUCAUCACAGCCUGGGACGCCCUGCGCUUCGACACUCCCCUGAAGUGGGCCGUCACGGCCAUUCUCGUCGGUGGGAUUGUCUUCUGGUACAAAUCGAUGAAGGAGAAAGACGACUGACGCUGGCCUCGCGUCCGCAGAAGAUGCUUACGCAACCUGCGCGAUGUGGACGGUUUGUCUCCACAUGAGGAGACCCCCCC